UUCUUUUUAGGCUGUUAUAUAUUCUAGAUUCACCACCAUGUUGUAACUGCACCGAGUAAAAUGGUAGAUAAAAUUUAAAAAUGCUACCAUCAAAGAAAUGUUAUUUAUGUUUGAACAAAGCAGGUAAUUGAUUUUGCUUCCUUAAAGGUCAUCUCGCGUGCGGAGAUUUUAACCUUGUGAUGACUAGCAAGCGGGAUAAUACUAAACUUCAAAAUGAACGACAUCAACUCAUAAUUCAAGAGUUACUACGUGAUGAUGAUAAUAAGUAUUGUGCAGACUGCGAUGCCAAGGGUCCACGAUGGGCGUCUUGGAACAUCGGCGUUUUCCUAUGCAUAAGAUGUGCCGGUAUUCAUCGUAAUUUGGGAGUUCAUAUAUCAAAAGUAAAAUCAGUAAACCUUGACACAUGGACUCCCAUGCAACUGGCUGUUAUGAGGGAUAUGGGUAAUAGCAAAGCCCGGGCAGUAUAUGAAGCAAAUCUUCCAGAUAAUUUCAGAAGACCACAAACGGACUCAGCACUGGAGACUUUUAUUCGGGCAAAGUAUGAACAAAAGAGAUAUAUAGCCCAUGAAUAUGUCCCAAGUAAACCGGAUGUCGAUUCCUUGAUGAAAGAAUUACAACGUCUCGAACUGGGUCAAAAGAAAAGAUCUAGUGCUGUAAGUCUAGGACCAGCAAUACAACAGCCUGUUAAUAAGACUCAUCAACCAAAUAAGGAACCUUCGCUAAAAACGUCUGAAGCAAACAGUGUGAAUAGGACGAACAAUGAUUUCGACCUUUUGGGGCUUGAUAAUGCAUCUAGCUCAGUAGAUCAAAACGAUCUAUUUGAUCAGUUGGGUUCUAAUCAAGUAAAUUAUAGCAGUCAACACCAACCGUCGGCAUCUGGGCAACAACAAUCAGUUAGCGUACCAGUAGAUAUGGGUCAUCAAGAUGGGAAACCAAAAGUUGUUCCUUCUAGUUUGACAUCCGAUCUUCUGGGUUUAGACUUUGGAAGUAGUAGUUCGGAAGCUGAGAAACUUACAGCUCCUGCAAAAGACUCUUCGAGCUCGGCAACUAAGAUCACUAAAGAUUCAAUCUUGGCUCUUUACCAGCAAAGUACACCGCAAUCUGGGAACUUAGGAUUCAUGUCCUAUUCAGGAAACAUAGGACAAUUUCCGACUCCUAAUGUGUCAGGAAGUCAGUAUUUUGGUUGCAAUACGCCAACAGAUCAGUCAAUGCACAACAAAGGCUUUGGCAACUUAGGUAGGUUUCUUUUUCACGUCUGUAUUGUCUGAGUGACUUUGAAAUCUGGGAUAUGAGUAAUCUUAGACAGAUACUUAUCUGUGGAAGAAUUAUUCAUUAUAUUUUUCCCAGCAAAAGCUUCAUAAGUCAGUUUACAACCUAAGAAACUUCUGGAAGCACAAUUUUCAAAACUCACUUGCUUUGAGUCUAAGCGUUUUUCUUUGUCAGCACUGACUUUUUACACACCCAUAGGGGAUGAGCUGACUGGUAAUAUGAAUCAACUUCACAAGCCUGGGUCUGAAUAAGGUUAGUUGCUGAUUAUUGCCUACAGAGUAUGUUCUGAGUAAGCUACGUGGGAGUUCUAGCAGUUUUUGAAGUGCCCUUUUGAUUUCUCCAGAAUUUACUGAAAAUCAGUGUUCGGUUGAAAUUGAUAGUUGUAAAAGCAUUGUAGUUCAAAAUCGAUCGGUAUGGCUGGAAUGUAUCCAUAUCUUUCUUUCAUACUUUAAGCUUUUUUCGUUUAGCAGAAUUGGUGUUGAUUUACCAGCGUACAUCUUAAGUAUUGUUUUCUUUUGAUUCUAUGUAUGACUUUUGGUCAAAUUUGUAUUUAUCUUCUUGCCUUUAUUUUGACUAAUCAAUUAAAUGGUUUCAUUCGUGAUUUAUAGAUUUAUUUGUUUUUAGGUGAUGCAAAUAUUCGACAGUCAGAUUUUUCCACUAAUAAGUUCGUAUCAUCAGGUAUAAGUACAUCUGCUGGUGGGAAUAAAAACGCUAUUGUUCCUCCUCAAUUUCCUCCUGCAUCGUCUAAUUUCGCUGUAUGGCCUGACAACAGCUCUUCAUUUUACUCGCCUGCACCGCAACAACCUACUCAAAAUGUUGCUCCUGGAAAUCAAUUCGGGUCAUUUGUUGGAGUGUCUGCAUUCAACUGUAACCCCAAUCCUUGUAUAGGUCCACAAGCUCAGCCAUGGAGCACAAAUCAACCCUCGUCAAACCAAACAUUUGGAGGUUAUGUUUCCCAUCCAACAAAUCUAGUGUCUAACCAUGAGGCAUAUUUAUCUCAGGUGAAAAGUCAACUGACAUCAUUACAUUUAGGCAAAAGUCCUGUUAACCCGUAACACAGUGAUGGAUUUUCCUGGCUUUGGUAAAUAUUUACAAAUAUGCAUUCUUUGUAGAAUGCAAAUAACUGAAUAAUCAUAUCUGCCUAAAUUUCGAUAAAACAUAUUGUAAUAAUAAUAUUAAUAGUGUUAUUAUUAUUACCCUUACAGAUUUAAUGUUUUUUUUCUGAAGCAAUCAUCAUUUAUCUCCGUUGUAAUACGUCUUGAAGACUAUAUAAUAUAUGUAACAGUUCUACUGUGAUCUUUUUUUUUGAACGAUCGGUUUUUCUUUCUUUUUUUAUCGUGGGGUAGCAUUUGUUAUCUCAGCUGUUUAUUAUCAAUCUGAGCAUUUGCUUAUUAGUGUGUGUGUGUGUGUUGGCUAUUUUCCUCCCAUUUUCACAACUGUUUUAACUUGUUGUUAUUAUUGACCUUGAUGAAUAAGUUCUGUGUUUUUAUAUGUUCAGUAGACUUGAUGUGUGUUUGUGUAAUACUUGGUGAUGAAUUCUGUUGAUCAUUAUUUCUUUCAUAAAGUUUAUUAUUAUGAAAUAAUAUGGUUUUAUUGUGAUAAAUCAAAGUAAUAUUUUAAUUCUUUCCUUCUACAUUUGCAAUAAAGAAGCAGUUUAUUGUAAGUUGUCAAAUGAAAGUCAUUACGUGACUGUUCUGUUCUUUAUUUUCUUUGAAAAUGAUGUUUUGUACAAUAUUACAAUAUAAGGUUGAAUGAAAUCUGAUCUUCUAAAUUUGAUUAAGUUGUUAGUUAUUUCAUACAUAAUGCGUGAUAAGGAUGUUCAAGCGCUCAUGCAAAUAAAAAACCUUCAAUCUAUCUAGCGUAGUCCUAAUGUAUCUGUUCCUAGUGGUUUUAGUGAGAUGAAUGCUAAAGUGUGGUGCUUACAAAUAUACAUUGUGUUGCAGUUCAUCUACUACAUUAUGCGAACUAGACUAUUCCCCGAUCAUAAACGAUCCAAUUCCGUUAUCGUUAUCUUGUGUG